GUGAUUUACUACUUUGAUUUUAUCUUUCAUUUUAUUUUAUUUUUUUUAAAUGUAAUUAUUUUUUAAUCUCACUCAGCGAGGACAGGUCUUUCAAUGAUGAUGACGAUGACGACGACGACUUCAUCGAGCAACACCAGCAAUAGCAGCGCACAAAACGACAAAAAAAGCUUGGACUUACACCUUUUGAGCCGCUCGAAGAUUAUCCAUCUUAUCCGUCACGGGCAGGCGCGCCAUAAUGUGGCGGGAAAGUCCGAUUAUGCUAAUUAUAGGAAAUGGGAAUACUUCGAUUCAGCUUUGACAGAGGAAGGAUGGGAGCAAGCAGCGAUGCUAUGGAAGACGAAGGGAAGAGAGCUGGAAAGCGCAGAGCUGGUGGUGGUGUCCCCGCUUACACGCACGCUGGAGACGGCUAUGGCGAUCUACGGCGUGGAGGAGGGAGAGAAGCUGGUGUCGCUGACAGGGAUGGAAUUUCAAACGGCAGAGGGGAAAGGACUUGUCAUCAACGACACGACCGAAGCAGCAGCUAUGGCUUCUUCUAGUCUAUUCCCUUUGGAGGGUGCUGCUGCCAUGGCUCCUUCUCCUUUCUCAAUGGCAGCUAUGGCUUCUUCUCCUUCCCCUGUUCCAGCUAUGGCUGCUUCUAUUCCUUCCCCUCUUCCAGCUAUGGCUUCUUCUCCUUCCCCUCUUCCGGCUAUGGCUUCUUCUCCUUCCCUUCUUCCGGCUAUGGCUUCUUCUCCCUACCCUCGGCCAGCUAUGGCUUCUUCUAUGGCUUCUUCUCCUUCCCCUGUGCCAGCUGUGGCUUCUUCUCCUUCCCCUGUGCCAGCUACGUCUUCUUCUUCUUCCCCUGUGCCAGCUAUGGCUUCUUCUCCUUCCUCUGUGCCAGCUAUGGGCUCAAACUGCUAUGCAACAGCAGUGUCUGAAGAAAGAGAAGGAGGAGGAGGAGGAGGAGGAGGAGCUAGAGUAGGUGGAGAAGGAGGUAACGGUAGCCACCAUAUCCGUGAGAGGAAGAAGAUGGGUAAGAAGGUGUUCGUUGGGACAACACGACCGUUUGUUUCGGUGGAAUUGUGUCGAGAGCGCCUUGGCCGGCAUCCCUGCGAUAGCCGUGCCGCCAUCGCCGAGUACAGACGGAGGUUCCGUUUCGUUGAUUUCACGCAGAUCGAGACAGAUGAGGACACGUGGUGGACUGACGAUCAUCGGGAAACCGAGAGCGAGAUCGGUGCAAGGGCCUUGAAGUUCUUGACAUGGCUGGCGCAGAGGAAGGAGAUGAAGAUUGCUGUCAUCUCGCAUGCCGCAUUCCUCGCAGCAUUGGUUAAGUUGUUUGGUGAUGAGUGUUCGCCGAAAGUUCAGGAGGAGCUGCGCGCCGUUUUCGCCAACUGCGAGAUGCGCUCCGUGGUGCUUCUGGAUCGCGGAUCCGACGGUUCAGGAGACGGAUCAGCAGAGUGAAUUUUUGUUUGUUUGUUUCGAUUUUUCUUUUUGAAAUGCGAGUGCAGCGGAGUGACGAUCCAACACCCCCACUGCUGCCCAGCGUUUGUCAAGUCUGUGCUCUUUUUGUUUUGUUUUGUUUUUUGGGGUCCUUUUCUGGGUGGGUGGGUGGGUGGGUGGUAAAGACAGCCCGCGCACGGUGACUGUGACAUGUGACAGACUGUUUGGUCGGACUUUCACCUUCACCGACUCAUCAGCAGAGGAGGUUGAUUUGUGACCUCGACAGUGUGGCCAGGAUGUGUUCGAUUGACGGACGGGGACUCGCUACCUUAUCCAAAGGGUAGCGCUGACUGUAGAUAAGGUGGCGGGAAAAAAUAAUAAUAAUUAAAAACAAAAUCGGUCGACGUUA